AUGGGCUGGAAAAGGGCAGGCGCAGACGAGAAAGCAAGAGAUGCAGGGGUAAAUAACUCAAAGAAUGACAUGGCGGUGGGUAAAGGGAAAGAAGAGCAGAAGUGUGAGGAGUAUGAGGAGUAUGAACAGUAUGAGGAGAAAGAAGGGGAGACAGGGAAGAAGGGGAAGCGGGAGGAGGAGAAGGUGGAGCUAUUACCCAUAUGGGAGAGUAAGAGUGGGCAGCGGCAGCGACAGCUGGCAUGGAAUGCUCGCGAGGCGAGGUGCGUGGUGGCAGCACGUGGCACAGAAGACGAGGACGAUCGGCACUUCAGACUCAGCCAGUCACACAGGCAGCAGCAGCAGCCGCAGCCGCAGCCGCAGCAGCGGCAGCGAGGGAGGUCGAGGAACGAUGAGGGCGUGAGGGCGUGUUUGCUCCCAGCAGCCAUGCUCAGGCGAUGCAGCGACGCGUGGAAAACACAAGUGUGGGCUCCCAUAGAGGAAGCAGCGCGUGCAGCGCUGCUGCCAAGGGACGUGGCGGAUGGAUACUGGGAGUACAUGCGCUGGAAGGCUGUGCAAAGGACUCUCAGCUCAUGCAUGCAUGUCAUGGCGACGCAGUCGCUGUUGAGAGCGGUUGGAGUGGGUGCGCGGCGGUCGGUGCCGGCGGCGGCGGCGCUGCAGUGGGUGCUGAAGGAUGGGCUGGGGCGCCUGGGGCGGCUGUGGUUUGUGGGGAGCACUGGCGGCUCGUUUGACUGCAACUUGAAGGUCCGUUCCGUUGGGUGGAUGGUUGAUUUGGUUCAGUGGACGGGUGGAUGGCUUGUUCCCCCAACCUCGCCUCCCCCUCCCUCUUUCGGCCUGAGGCGGCUGUGGUUUGUGGGGAGCACUGGCGGGUCGUUUGACUGCAACUUGAAGAGGGUGCGCUUUCAGACGUCAGCGCUGUUCUCGGCGAGUCUAGGCCUGGACAUUCUCACGCCACACUUCCCGCACCUCUUUCUACCGCUCGCCACCGCUGCCAACAUCGGCAAGUCCAUUGGGCUCGCUGCUUACGUUGCCACAACUCCGCCCAUCCAUCGCACCUUUGCCCUGGCGGAUAACCUCGGGGACAUCUCCGCUAAGGGGCAGGCGCAAGCAGUGGUAUCGGACAACGUAGGGCUGGCCGUGGCAGUGGCGCUGGGGGCACUCACACGCAACCACCACCAACUGCACGCGCGCCUGCCGCUCCUGCUCUUCCCACUGCUCGCAAUCACCGACCUUUUAGCCAUUCGAAGGGAGCUGCAAGCUGUGCCGCUGCGCUCGCUGAACAAGGAGCGAGUGCAGAUGCUAGUGUCUGACUGGGUGGCAGGCGGUGCAAUGCCCUGCCCUGCCGAGCUCACCACAAGAGAGAGCCUCUUCUUUCCGCCGCACUGGACCUCCCCAUUCAACCCCCCUUUCUUCUGCUUCCACGCAAGACAAACUGAAGGCGCUGCUGCAGGUUGGCUUCCUGCAGACCGCCCUGUCUUCCCUCUCAACCACCAGCUUUGA